AGCAAGGAAGAGAGUGUGAACCAUGUCAAGUGAAGAAGAAGCAACAGCAGCCAAUGUGUUGUCACAGAUGUCACAGAUCCAACAAAUCAGCUGUGAGACAAUUGAAGCUACAGUGAUAAAUGUUGGGCACCACUGUGACGUGGAGACAACUGCACCUCCACAAGGUUGGUUUAGCUUCAAACUUUCCAUGUUAAUAGGUAGAAUAGAUAAUAGGUGGAAUUUAAUCGAGGCACGGCAUCGACAAACCCAGCAUCAGAUUGGAUGAGAUCAACUCCUGUAACUCAGUAAGGCUGGGUUGAUAUCAGGUUCGGUCUUCCCAGAGUUGGUCAGCAGUCCUUCUGCAUCACCAAGAAACUAACAGGAGCUUCUGAAAAACUCUGGGUAGUGGACAGCUGGUUCAGUUUGACCACAUGCCAACACUGAUUAAGGCAACCUAGUUCCCAGGGUCCUCUCCUACUCGGCCCCAGUGGCAAAAGAGAGAGAGAGACUGAAAAACAUAAUGCAUAUUAUGGCAGUCGCAGUCGCAGUCGAAAUGCUUUGUAACUCAUUUCCAAAUAGCCUCUCUUUGAACUUGAUAAAAAUAUUGUUGACAAAAUAUCAAAAUCGAAGGACCCCUCCUGAAUGAUUUCAAUUGUCCAAGGGACAUGUGACUAAGGUCUCUCUCCCUCACCACAGGGACAGAGUAGGAGAGGACCCUGGGAAAGAGGUUAUGAUUAGGGGGAGACGGACUUGAUUGUUUUUACUUCAUGUGUAGUUUUUUCCUUAUAUUAGUCAUGGAGAUAGUGCAAGCAGAGGUUCCAGAUGAGGAAGCAAAUGAAGUUCUCCAGCAGGUGCAGUCAGCUGUGCAGACCAUACAGCGACCAAAUAUGGUGGUCACCAACGAUCAAGUGCGUUCUCAACUUGACACUACUGUUGUCGCUGUGCUACCUGUUGCAGUAGCUCCAGCUAAUUCUGCUACAGGUGAGUUAAAGUAGGAAACACCUAUAAUGGAUUUAUAAGUGUUCUAGGUUUGUAGAAUUAAUAAGAAAAGCAAGAAAGACUGCUGGGCACUGGCCAUCUUGGGACACAGGAAAUUAAAUGCAGAGUUGGACUUUUCUAAACUCACAUUCUACAUUGUACCUCUUAAAAAGCUAAGGGUCAAUGUUGUUAUAAGAGCCUAUUUCUGCUGUUCCCCUCUCCCCCAAGAUGUGUUGAUUUUGUUGAAUCAAAACUUGAAUGUAUAACACCAACAGUGCACUGGGCGGGAGGAGGGAGAGGAAAAAUGCGUCAUUUUGACAACUGAAGAUAUUGUGUUUUUGUCUUAAGAGUUUUGACCAGGGUUGUAGAAAUACACCGUGUAACACUGGAGUUGGGGGUGCGGAUAAAGGGGUGAAAACCUCCCACCUCCUGUUUCUUGCAUUGCAUUCCCAGUUCCCACCCCUUUUUUCUCGACUUCUUCCUCUAAGCCAUUUUUGGAUUGCAAAAUAUUAAAAUUAAUAUAUAUGAUAAAUUUUAUCAUUGUUGCAUAAUUUUCCCUAAUUGCUCCUGCUUCUCACCCUUUAAGAACCCCCAUCUUCCGUCUUUUCUCUCCCACCUUUCCUUAUUGUUCCCGUUGCCCUAGUAAUAAGUUUUUAACCAAAACUUGUUUUCAUUUACAGCAACAAGGGUUGUUUCAAGUGGAGGUAAUUUAUUUUUCUGUCUGUCAUAGUUACCCUUGUUGAAUGUUGCUUGUCAUUUUAAUAUCAGAUGUUUUUUGUGAAAUUGUAAUUGGAUCAGUGGAGCAGUCUACUUGAAAACAGUUAUGCAGUGCGGUGAGAUAGAGAUAAAUCGUUUAUUAAAAAAGAAACACCUCGCAGUCCGAAGACUGAAUUACGUGUAUAAUAUACAAGUUAUAGUUAAAAUGGAUUUAAAAAACUAUAAUAAUAAAAAUGUACAAAUCUAACAAAAACAUUUCACUUAGGAUAACCUUGUGUUAGGAAAAUAUACAUACUUAAACAAAUUUAUUUACAUUCUUAGGCUAUGGCUAACAAUAAAAGAUUUUUUAAGACGAUCAGUCUUGCACACUGGCACGUUAAACUUUCUAUUGCUGCGCAGCUGCCUAUGGUGCUCAGCUUUAGGUGGGAGCAGACCUGCAGACCUGCGGACCUGCAGUGACUUGAAAGAAAGUACUGACUUCCUAACAACUAAUUUCACGUUUGCCGCUUACUCCGUUCUGUGGGGACUGAAAUCUUUUUAAAUGAUUAUUUCUGACUUGUCUUAAGGAGGAAGAGUUUACCCUUGUGAAUACUGUGGCAAAGAAUUCAACAAAUCGUACAAUCUCAAGACCCAUAUUCGUGUUCACACUGGGGAACGCCCUUAUCAGUGUGAUCAGUGUGGACAUGGAUUCGCUAACUUAGGAGAUCUCAAGAGACAUGCAAGAACACACACGGGAGAGAAACCAUUCAAGGUAAGAGUCUUUUGCCAGUAAAAUCUCUACUUCACUGUGGAACCUUUUCUGAGAUGGUGAAAGAGUUUUGAUACCUUAAACUAGGGUGUUACUGAAGACUGUUAUAUAUUACUUUUAAACCUUGUCAAGACCUUUUGCGCUGCCACGAAAAUCAUACCGGAUAGGUCUUCUGUUCACAAAUAAACAUUGAUGUGGCAGCACGAUUUCUGAGAGGACGCUAAACCGGAGAGUCAUAUAUCGGUUAGGUGUUCAUUCAAGAGUUCAUACUAUCCCGAAUAGCUUUUCGUGGCGCAACGAAGAUACCCUAAAGAUUGAUUUCACUGACGCAUUUUUGUCUACGCACGUUAACGCACGUAACUUUUAAUCACGUAAAUAAAAUAAAGGCAAGAUAUAAAGUGCCGAGAUUAAACAUGAGGUUUAGCGAGGUUCUACUUUUACGCUUACGUGCGACCUUUCAUCAUGUUCAUACGUUGCCUCUAUUUUAUUUGCGUACGUAAAUUUUACGCGCGUACGCAGGUAAAAAUUACGUGACCUUGGAAAUCAACCCUUAGAAAUCCGCAUUAAACGUUAAGAAAUAUAAAAUUUACAAAACUUAUCCUUGUGUAUACAAUACUUUGUUGCAAACAUUUGAUUUUUAUGUAUCGACUCAACAGACACUGCUUUCUCUCUUUUAGUGUGAAUUCUGUGGCAAAGUGUUCUCAGAUUUUGGAAGUCACAAGCGUCACCUUCGCCUUCAUACGGGGUUCAAACCCUUUACAUGUGAACACUGUGGUAGAGAUUUCACUCGAUUGGACAGCUACAAGAACCACAUAAGAUUACACACAGGUAGGAAAAGUCUAGCUGCAAAGUUCACCAGCGUAACGAAAAGUUUCGGAAAAUGUUCUGUUACUUUCAGUUGUAUAAUAUUACUAGUUUACAAGUGACUCGACGGCUGCCAUAUGUCCUGAAAAACAAAGGCGUUUCUCAUUGCUAAGAUUACACUCCUUUUUCAUUCCUUCCCCACAUUUAACAGGUUGUUGUUGUUGUUUGUUGUUUUUUAUAAAUGAAAUUAAAUCUCCUCGUAUUAAUAAGACGAGCUGCCUUACACCCAUUUUAUAAAUUUCUCAAAACUUUUAAAUCAUCCUAGGCUACAAAAGGAGGCGGUUUUUUUCUCAAAAUAGUUUGUUCAACGCGCGAAGCGAAGCGAAGUUUUAAAACUUCCUUUUUAUUCUUUUAUGUUCGUCUUCUGUGUUUUUCAAAUUAGAUAAGAAUGAAUUUUUUUUUCAGGUGACCGUCCGUAUAAAUGCGACACUUGUGAAAAAGAAUUCAACUACCUCACCACCUACAAACGGCACUUGAACAUACACAAAGGAGAGAAACCAUUUGCCUGUGAGCACUGCGACAAAAAAUUCACCCGCCUAAAUUACCUAAAAAACCACCUCAACACACAUGCCAAACACGCUAGUCAGGAGAGUCAAACAGACUUCAAGUUCGAUGACGCUUCCUCACAAUCUCAAAUGGUCGUGGAUGGCCAGGAAGGCCUGGAUUCUAUGGAAGAGGAAACCGCUGCCCAGAGCAUACAAAAUGACAAAAGCGAGGCUGAUAAAGCAGAAGGUGAUGGAGGAACGGACGCGAAUAAGGACGACGAGGUACUUGGGACUGUCGCCAAAUUCGACGGUGUAAUAGCGAUUCUUGUUCAGCCACUUCUUUAUGAAAUGCUUGUACAAAAGAAAGGAUAGGUCUUCUACAUUAUACCGGUAUAUCGAGAAGUGUGGUAGCUCAUUAAAACCUCUUAUUUCGGUCGACCUCUAUAAGUCGCACGUCCGUUCUUUGUGGACUAGUUCCAUUGUUAACUUUGUUUGGUUAUUGUUUUCCCGGCCAAUCUAGUGAGUCCUUGUAAGAGCCUGAUCAAAUGAGCCGGGCUGGCUAAGUUUGCCGCGGUGACGUUCAUCCGGGUAUCACAAGCCUGCGAUCAUGGCUUCCCUAGGAGGGCAAAGGAGGGCAUAGAUCAUUAGAGAGCUUUAGAUUCUGAGACGAGGACGACUACGAGUACGAGAUUUUCUCAAUACUAAGUAGUGCUCGCGCGAGAACCAGCGUCAUUUUGGCGGGAAAACGUGGUAGUAGUCGUCAUUCUACUACUAGUUUUAGCGAGAAUGUCGUAGUGGCGGGAACAAGUUUAAUCAUUUUGCGACCGGGAAGGGCUAAACCUUCUCCAAUAAAAAGAUAACCUCACUAAUUUUUCAGGUGAAAAAUUAUACAGUGAAGCUUUCCGGGUUGAAUAUUUUUCGAGAACACGCGAAAAAACUUUAAGUUAAAAACUGCACUCGUACUCUUUCCUCGUCCUCAAAUCUAAAGCUUUCUAUUUAUUUACCAGAUCACAUGUCAGCGUGCAAAGAAAGUCGUGUCUGAUAGCCCAGGGCUAGUGGAUUUUGCUAUCGGGCUAGUGGUUUUUGUUCUUAACUUGCCCGACGGGCAAAUGCUGUUUUUUUGGGAAAUUCAAAUUACAGAAGGAUUAAUCCUGCUAAUCAAAAGGGUUUUACGGCUAGUUGAAAUGACUUGUUGGCUAGUACAUACUAGCUACAGCUUGCCCGAAUGGCAGGCUGUAAAACUGGCCUUCUUUGCAUCCUGCAUGUAAAAAACAGUAUUUAUUAGAUUUUUUUCUGAUUAGCCCAGACACAGUUAUGCUCUGAUGGGCUGGAGAUUUGGUUUGACGUCCCACGUUCAGAAAGAAACCGUAACCGAUUUCCCUAGUUAACGUACAUUGUUUGCCGGGCUAAGUUUUGUUUUCUCAGAUUCUCUGCCGAUAUUAGUAUUGAAAUGAAACUCCAGAAAUACUGAGCUUGUGCUAGCUUUCAAAGACACGAUAAUUGAACAUAGGAGUUAGGUUUAAUCUAAAAGCUGAUUUUUGUUGCGUUUAAUUAACGCGUCCCGGUUUUGGCAAAGUGAACCAGCCUGCAAGACAGAUCACCUGUACCAGGCACUAACGCUUGAAGGAUAAGAAAUAAAAUCUUCACUGAUAAGUGGCGAUUGGUGUUUGGUUACCCUGUUCUAGGCUCCAAAAUAGUGGGGCGAAUGGUUAGCUUGUUCCAGGCUCCAAGAGAGUAGGGAGAACGUAUCGCAGUUGACCAGGUGCAAAUUAACCUCGAUGCUCUAAUCACAGUUUUUCUCUUCUCAAAGCAACAUGCCUUUUUGUCAUUUCUUUCCAGAACGACGUCCCAGGUACAGCCAGAACUUCAGAAACAAAAGUCCCAGAUACCUCUCUGCUGCAGCAAGUUACGCAGGUUUUGGGCGAAAUCGUCCCUCAUAACCUGAGCGCCGAGGUGACCGAAGGGGCCGGCGGACCUCAGAUCGUUGUUCAAGGCGCUGACCAAGAAGGAAGUCAGUUUAAAAUCACUUUAGCUCAGCAACUUCUGCUUGCGCAACAUCUACUAAACCAGGUGCAGACACAACGGAAUGGACGCGGAGGGACUGAUGCGGAUGACGGAGAACCCGACGUGGACCAGCCGCAAAUAACGACAGGUUAGUUUCGCGACAUGUAUCCUUUCGGGGGAGAGGUGGGGAAGAGCAGGCUUCUGUAAGUUGUUUUACUGUGUCACGAAAUUUAUACAAAAGUCAAACAGUGGGAACUGCCACCAAACCAGGUGAAACAUAAAAAUAACAUUAAGGGUCUCUUUACAUGAAGGUAGGGGACCCCAGGUAGGUGAGGUAACAUGUGGCGCGUUACCCCACCUAUCAUGUAAACGUGAUCACAUUAAAUUGAAAGGUUAUGUGGACAGGCGGGUUACCUCACCUAAGCGGGUUACCUCACCUAUCUGGGGUACCCCACCUCCAUGUAAACGGGCCCUAAAAGAAGGUAUAAAUAACACAGCGAAAACAAAAGGAGGAACUGAUGGACAAACUUGAAGAAGAUUGUAACGGACUGAAAUUCCUGGACUUGAAAACUUGUUAGCCAAACAGUUUUGUUGUGUGUAACUUUUAAAAAAAAAAAGUUUCGGAGACAUUAUUUGUCUCACCAGGAGCCGAUAACUUGGACUCCUGGUCUCACACAAAGUUGUAAUUCAGUCAUUCGCAAGAUUUCUCAAUUUCCAUAGCAAAUAAGGACGCCCAAUCAGCAUUAGUCACAAAAGUGAGACAGCUGGCGUUCAUCGCCGUUAUUCCAACUUACUUACUUUGUAUAAUGUAGGCGAACUCUCCUGGAGCUGAAAUCCUUAAAACCAUUUCCAAGUUCAGAAAGAGAAAGAAAAGUUCGUGGUCGCCUGUUUACGUCCUCUAUAAAACGCUUAAUUAGGCAUUUUCACGACGAAGUCGUGCAGUGACGAAAAAGAGAAAUGUACAAAAAAGCGUGACGCACGUGCAAAGUUGUUGUUUUGCUAGUCUAAGGGCCUGUUUACACGGAGUGGGGGACCCCGGUCUAGUGGGGUUGGUUUCUUUUGUUUUCACGCUUCGGGGGACACAAAACAAAAGAAACCUACCCCACUAAACCGGGGUCCCCCACUCCAUGUAAACAGGGUCUAAACCUAUUGCUUUUUUGAAGUUCUCGCUGCCGUCGCCGUCGUCAGAUCUUAAGGUCCCUAAUUUGUUGAUCGGGAUUUUCCGGACAUAUAAGAACCACUCUAUUCCUGAAGCCGCCUCUUAUAUACGGGCUGAGUGUUUUAACGUCCUUCGGUCCUACUACAAAAGUUUGUCCGGUUUUUCUUCCUCUAGAAAACCUGACAUUUCUGAAUACCUGAUUCUCUGGUUAACUGUCUCUAAGACAGACUCUUUGCAAGUGAUGUCCGUAAAACAUAGGAAGUGAAGAAAGGCAAGGACCAACUCUAGGUGUCCGUUUUCACGGGGUGUCCAUUAAGAGAGAAUCGACUAUAGUUCUUCUUUCGUUUUUAAUAUUUCAGUGACCAUUCCCGAAAUAACAGCUGAGCUGGCAGAGCAAAUCGUCAACCAGGCAGCCGCGCAACAUGUGGCUGGAGAGCCUACGUCUAUACAGACGAGUGCGGGAGAUAUCCUUAUUCAGAGCUCAGCAGGGGUGCUACAUGUCCCCGAAGGGGCAACUGCCCAGGAAUCCGGGCAAGCGGGGAUGGUCAUCGGAACUGAAGUGGUGGAGGACUCUGGUGGAAAUCAUCAUGACGAGGUAUUUAAUGUGGCUUAGUUCUUCGCGAAUCGAAGGCCGUAAGGCGGUUUGAACGUUUCGCGUCUCACUUCGCACAAGAGUUUUCUUUCAAUUAAUGACUUGUGUGCAACACGGAUUUCUUGUCAACAUCGAGACCCUUUACCCCAACAAGAAAUAUCUUGAUUCAGCGUCUUGCGGGGCUGCUUCGUGCCACUAAAGGGGGACUGGGGCCCGUUUCUCGAAAGUCCCGAUUAUUAAGGGGCACGGUAAGCUGUCUCCGUUUACAUUAAAGAUCGAGGUUUCAAUAGUUUUGCAUAUAACGUGAUAAAACUAUCAGUUAAUGAAAGAAAAUGGAGUAGUUUGCUAGCCAGAACCCGCGCUCUUAUUCUUUAUAUUUCGAUUUGAAUAUUUGUUUUCGGGCCCGAAAAGUUACCGGGACUUUCGAGAAACGGUUCCCUUGGUCAGGAAUCAGGGCAAUCAGGGACCGUGGUCAAAACUGAUUGUUACUUUUGUGGAGGUGUUAAACAUGCCUAAAGGUAAGGGAUACUGUGAUUCAGAGUUCUACGAGGGUGUUACAUUUCCCGGAAGUGGAAACUACCGAAUAAUCUAGGCAAGGAGAGAUAUGGUCAUUUGCCCAAAAGUGGUUGACCACUUGAGGAAAGGUCAACAUGCCUGUACUAGUUGCUCUAGCAAGUGUGAGCUGUGACGCGGUAGAAGACAAAGGCCCAAUAUUUUCCUUGCUUGUCUUGCAUGUAAAAAUGUCUGUUUUUCUUAUUCAGGUUGUUACAGAGCAUGUGCUUCAAGAGAGUACCACUGUCCCAGUGACGUCAGAAGACGGUGUGCCGCUGGUCGAUAGUAACGCCGUAUACGUGGCCAUUGAUCCCAACCAACCUGAUGUACAACAGCUUCUGGGUCAAAUUCAAGUGAUGGCGGCGGCUUCACAAGUACAACAGGCAAAUGAAGAGGAAAGCCACAGUCUAGGAGAAAGCUAACGACCCUAGUUGGCCUAGAAACGGCUUAAAAAGUCUUUGUCCGUAUCGAUUCUUUCGAAGGAAAUCUCUAGAAAGAACUUUGUACUAAUUGUGUAAAUAACAUCUCGUUCCGUAUUUCUUUGAAAAUUCCGGAAAUAGUGGGCGCUUUCCAUUUAGAAAAAAAACCCGGAAAUUUCGGUGGUAGCAAAAGUGGAAUUUCCGAUUGGUAAAAAGUUGUUCCAUUUGGUCGUAAACCCCGGUACAUGGCGGUGCCCGACCGUGGACCUGGAACUGGUACAAACUGCGAGAAACGUAAAUGGAACACGAGAUUCCGUUCGGAAAUUCCAACCGGGAAAACGGGACCACCUUUUUAGAUUUUCCACUUUUUCUGGGAAUUUUCCAGUGGGACGAACCGACGAAACGUGUUCCAUUUACCGCCGAACCGGAAAUUCCGGAAAUUUUGAGUAAAUGGAAAGCGCCCAGUGUUUCAGUGUCAGACCAAAAAAAAUUGUACGAUAUUUUCGCAUUCUCUCGAGUUUCGCCUUCAAAUUUCCAUCGCGUUGCUAUUUCAAUAAUGUCACGUGAUAUGGUUUGGCCGGCGACCAUUUUCUCAAUUCACUACUUUCCCAUUAACCAUAAUCAGCCGUAAUACAGCUUGUUUACCCCCAAAAUUUUGCAAAAGUAUUGUUUUCAAGUUCUCUUGGGAGGAUUGAAAAUCCCAAGAGAAAUUGGAAACAAUGCUUUUGCAAAACUUUUGGGGGGUAAAGAAGCUGUAUUAAGGGAAUGUGAAAGAAGCGAAUGUCUUCAUGUCCAUUUCUCAGCUCGUUAGCCUGUGUUCAGCCUCCCCUCAGGAAUUUUUUUUAAGGGAAGCGGCGUCUGUACACAGGCUACCAAUCGUGUGCGCCUUUAACUUCACCUCACCUUAUUUCACACAGGUGCCAGCAUUCAUUUUGUGUUUCUCUUGCUUAUUUCAAUUUUCGAAUUCCAUCGGGGAUGACCGAUCAACAAUUAUUUCAUUGACGAUCGCGUCCACCGUAUCACGUCAUAAGGCUGGGAAUUGGAGGCGAUAUUCGUAUCCUUUUUCCAUAUUUUAUUUCCUUUUACACUAGUUGAAGAGACUACUGGAAAGUAGACUUCUAUUUCAAGCUUAAAUAAUGAUAGUUUUAACAGCAGCAAUGCAGUUUUGCUUUCUUUGUGUCUCAAUGGCACAUGGUCUCGAUUUUCCCAAUCGAUAAAUCUAAGUAUCUCGAGAAAGGGAGAAUUAAAGAACAACAAACUUAAUGAUGUAGAGGUUAAUAAAACUCAAUUUUCUUUAACUGCGUGCCUGUUACAAAAUUAAAUCUGAUGAACUAUAAUCCACUUUCAAUCUUGCAAUUGUGCGUUUUCCCCAAAGAAGACUGCAAAGUAGCCUUGUAUUUCAUACGUUGCUUCAAUGGAAACGCGUGGGCUCUGAGACGAACGUGACACAAGACUCGGUGAGAGACGUCGCCAAAAUGAGUUUUUUCUUUCUUUCUUUUCUUGAAUCUAUGUGACGUACAAACAUUAUAACUAAUAGCUUAAAUUUUGUAAACUUUAAAAGGUGUCAAAACCUGCAGGCAAUUGAAAUGUAAUCUUAGUCUAUAACACACUCGAGUAAACAAACCAGGGAAACAUAAAACGG